CAAUUGACUGCUUACAUGGACGAAAGCGGGGGGAAAUUUUGUCUCCCCAAGGGCACGGCGAGGCACCUAUUCCAGGAGGGAAACAGUGUCGUAACCUCCCCACCGCCCGACGGCCGACCCGAGUUCUUACUUUUGCGGACGAUCCUCCCACGUUCGAGUCCGCCGAUCCCAGGCCAUGCCGUCACCCAGAUGAGGGCCGUCGUCCAAAAGGUCGCCUCGGCCAGCGCCAAGCACGCUGGGACCGGUGAGAUAAUAUCCUCGAUUGGAAAGGGCCUCUGCGUCCUCGUCGGCAUAUCCAGGGAAGACACGAAGAAAGACCUCGAUUACAUAGUGAAUAAAAUUUUAAACCUCAAGCUAUUUGAGGACGAGGGCGAGACGGGGGACUCGACGCGGAGGUGGAAGAAGUCCGUGAAGGACCGUAGACUCGAGGUACUCUGCCUGAGCCAGGUCACCCUCUGCCACUCGUUCAAGGGAAACAAGGUCGAUUUCCACCACGCCAUGGCGCCGGGCCCGUCGCGGGCCUUCUAUGCCGAGCUGGUCGAGGCGCUGAGGUCGCGCCACGACCCCGACUUGGUCAAAGAAGGCGCGUUCGGCGAGCACCUCGUGAUCGAGCUGCAGAACGACGGGCCGGUCACGAUCACGCUUGAGUCGCCGGGCGGAGGCGUCUGCUCGGAGACGGAAGAGCAGACGGUACCUGACAUGGACAACGUACUGUGAAAAUUAAAAAAAACUAAAAAAAUUAAAAUUCCUACAUUAAAAAAAAGGAUGAAAAAUCUCACCCAAUGUCUCACAAUGAUCACGAAUGACAGGCCUAAACGACCUACAAUUUUUACGACUUAAAAAGAAAGACUGCACAUGUACUGUUCACCGUUCUUACAUACACAAUAAUUUUUAAAAAAUUGUUUUAAAUUUAGACUAUAUUGUUCAAAAAUAAGGUGAAUCCUUGUCUCAUCCUUAUUUGUAACCGUUAUUCUCUUUUUUACCCCGUAACGUUGCAAAUGUAAAUAAAUUCUUCAUACAAUCGUC